CACUGCCAAAGCGUCUCCUCCAGCAGGCAGGCGAGGGCUCUCCUCCACCCCGAGCUUGCGUUUCCUGAGGCUCCAGGCAGUGCUCUGCGCUGGCCUGCUGCCCUGCUGGUGGGUGACCAGAGGUGGGCAUCACGGGAAGAGCCCUCCACGAAGGGGAGGCCCCUGAGGAUCAGGCCAGCAGCUGCAGCCACAAGCUCACCCCGUGGCCAGUGCUCUCAGACCCAGCCCAGGCGGCAGCCCCGGGACAAGGAGAGGGGCUGGGAACACCGACAGGAGAAUUGGAGUCUGACGGUUCCCACCGAGGCCUCUUGGUGCAAAGUCCUGUCUAGCGGGGACCCAGGUGAGUUGCGCAGGCCGGUGAACUGUGAGCAGAGCCGUAAGGAAUCUGGACUCACCAGGCCUGGGGAUGGCUGGAAACUGCUCCUGGGAGACCCAUCCCACCAACAGGAACAAGAUGUGUCCAGGAGUGAGCGAGGCCCCGGAGCUCUACGGCCGCGGCUUCCUGACCAUUGAGCAGAUCGCCAUGCUGCCACCGCCAGCCGUCAUGAACUACAUCUUCCUGCUUCUCUGUCUGUGCGGCCUGGUGGGCAACGGGCUGGUCCUCUGGUUUUUCGGCUUCUCCAUCAAAAGGAGCCCCUUCUCCAUCUACUUUCUGCACUUGGCCAGCGCGGACGUCGGCUACCUCUUUAGCAAGGCCGUGUUCUCCAUCCUGAACACAGGGGGCUUCCUGGGCUCGUUUGCCGACUACGUCCGCGCGGUGUCCCGGAUCCUGGGGCUCUGCAUGUUCGUCACCAGCGUGAGCCUCCUGCCAGCCGUCAGCUCAGAGCGCUGCCUGUCGGUCAUCUUUCCCUCCUGGUACUGGCGCCGUCGGCCCAAGCGCCUGUCGGCUGUGGUGUGCUCGCUCCUCUGGAGCCUGUCGCUCCUGGUCACCAGCAUCCACAGCUACUUCUGCGUGUUCCUGGGCCGCCAGGCGUCUGGGCCGGGCUGCGGGCACGUGGACACCUUCCUGGGCAUCCUGCUGUUCCUGGUCUUCUGUCCGCUCAUGGUGCUGCCCUGUCUGGUGCUCGUCUUGCACGUGGAGUGCCGGGCCCGGCGGCGCCAGCGCUCGGCCAAGCUCAACCACGUCAUCCUGGCCAUGGUCUCGGUUUUCCUCGUGUCCUCCAUCUACUUAGGGAUCGACUGGUUCCUCUUCUGGGUCUUCCAGAUCCCGGCCCCCUUCCCCGAGUACGUCACCGACCUGUGUAUCUGCAUCAACAGCAGCGCCAAGCCCGUCGUCUACUUCCUGGCCGGCAGGGACAAGUCACAGCGGCUGUGGGAGCCCCUCAGGGUGGUCUUCCAGCGGGCCCUGCGAGACGGGGCCGAGCCAGGGGAGGCGGGGGGCAGCACGCCCAACACGGUCACCAUGGAGAUGCAGUGCGCCUCGGGGAAUGCCUCGUGAGAGGCCAGCUGCUGGAGGGGAGGCGGCGGCCAGCUGGAGUGGCCUCCAGAGACCCUUUGCAGGAGUCAGGAGUUGGGCAGCAGCCCCGGGGCCCGAGUGCAAGGAGAAAAACCUGCUCCCCGCCCGCGAGCCGCCUUCUCCCGGGGCAGAGGCUCUGGGCGUGGCCGAGAGACAGAAGAGCCACUUCCAAACAGACCCCGUGGCCUCACCAGGCUCCCCCCAGGUAUCCUCCUUCCGUGACCCACUGCAGAAGUUGCCCCCGGGCAGUGGGCCGGGUGUGGGGCUCCUCCCCGCCCCAGGAUGGCCAGGAAAGGAGAGGAGGGGGUCACGCAGCCCAUCCACCUCCUGCCCCAUCAGCCAGCCCUCCUGAGAACAGCCAGCCCAUCGCCUGUCGGGCCAGCAUCUUUGUCCUGCUGUUGGGACACCUGCUGCCUCCUUUCUGCCCUGUCAAGGCAAGGGUGCUACCUGGGAGACGCUUCUCCUUAACCCGCCUGGGAGCCCAGUCUUUCCGCACAUGACGUUCCCUUUGGUGGCCGAAAUGGGGGAGCCUCUGGCACGGCAAGUGCCUGGACGCAGGAAAAGCCGUCGGCUGGCUUGAGUGGCUCACUCUCGUUUCUGACUCCAUGCCAGCCGGCAUGUCUGAGCUGCCGUCCGCCUGGUCUGAGGGGCUCCGGAAGGCCGUCCAGGCAGUCUCUGGGCUAUAGCCCCACCCAAAAGUGGGCACUGGCUCUACCUGGCCACCUCAGCCCACCUACAAGCACGGUGGCCCAGUUUGAUGAAAGAUAAUACGUGUAUAUCAAUAAACGUUUUCUAUCUCGCAGCGA